AUGGCCACUAUCGUGAGCUUCCCAGCCCAGUCAGAGCCAAAUAUAAUCCCCGACUACGAGGUCAGGCUCUUGCUCAAUCCGACAGCGGUUCUUGACCCUGAACAUGAGCUAACGAAUACUGUUCUAUCGGCCUUCCAUAUUGCCCCGACUGUCACUAGGAUGAAUGUCCAGUUCCUUGAUAAGGGCUCCAAGGAGAUCUCCCUCGCCGACUGGAGCGCCCGUAUCCGCAAGGCCAAAAACGAGAACGACUUCGAGUUGACGUAUAAGAAGCGGUAUCCCAUCGUGGGCGGCGAUGUUGAUGCCGCUCUUACUGUGGCUAAUAACGAUGGGUCAAACGCCAGGAGCACAAAAUAUAAGGCACAAGUGGAAUGGGGUUUGUUGUAG